AUGAACCCUCCCCCGUCGCAUGACCAAAGCCGUCGGAGGUCUUUGGGCAGCAGUGGCAGUCCCGUGUUUCCUGGACCCCAAGAACAGCCCUCCGCGCCUCCCUUAGGCAAUCGCCGGAUGCCUCCUCCGUCUCCACCACAACAUUACCCCUCACGGGGCCAAUCGGGAAAUGCUUCGUCUCUUUCCACAGCUUUUUCGUCCCGUGAGCCUCCCAGCAACCAGGCUCUUCAUCGUCCUGGUAGCAGCAUGUCGAUAUCGGCAAUGCUUGGCUCGGACGCUGACCGUCCAGCCCGGGAUGUAGGCUCAUCAUCUAUCUUCUCGCGUAUUCCAGUGUCAUCCGCUCCGUUCAGCAGCGCUCCUCCGCCGUCAGCGCCCAGUGCAAUGUCGCCGCCUACCGCCCCAGCAAGACCCUCUCCUCUUGAAUACUCGUCCUUUCGACGAUCCCACACGCCCGAAAAGUCGUUUUCGAAAGCCCACCCGGGGAGGCCAUACCGCUCUAGCUCGGGCGGUAUGUCUCAGCCGUCCGUAGCGGAACAGACCAAAUUCGGAGGCCUGUCGCGCGUCCCUCCCUCAUCGCAGUAUCCGGACAAGCCCAGUUCCGCCCAUCAUUCGCCCCAAGUGUCGUCCGCCGAACCUCCAUACAACGAGACACGUCGAUUCAGCUUUAGCGCACCCGCUCCUCGACCAAACAGCCAGCCCCAGCACCUCGAGGCGCCUCAGCGACCGGCUGGGUAUAGCCCACUUGCACGAUCGGCGGCCGCACCGGGCGGUGGAGAAGGCUUUGGAGGAGCGCACCAGCGGCAAGCGUCAUAUAUGAGCCAGGAGUCUCAGCAAAGCCGAUUUGGCGGGAUAUACGUGGAUCGUCACUUAGAAGAACAAGCGCACCGAGAACGAGAGAGAGCUAUUGCACACGAGCAAGAGUCCAAGGCGCCACACCCUCAAUCACGGUAUGGUCCAUACGGGGAACGGGACCCGGCAGCCGCCCGGCAGCAAAGUGCAGCGACGUGGGAGCUUGGUCGCUCGCAGCCACCGUCACCUGAAGCGAAGCGUUUCCCCGCCCCUGAGCCAGGCUCCGGAUUUGGGUUCGGCGCGAUUCAAAGCUAUACUAAAUCUCUGGGCUCCCAACUAGGAGGCUCACGACAACCUCCCCUGUCGAUCCAGCCCCGCCAGGGUCAACCUACACCUCCUCCGCCUCAUGAGCAGCAGCCAUACCUAAGCAAGCUUCAAACCGAACAGCGUCUAUUUAGCUCGACCCCAUCAGCCGGCCCGUCAUCUUUGGCUCAUUCCGCCUCGUCAGAUGACCAACGGCGGAAGGGAAGCGACGAGUUGCUCCAGCACAGAACCCUUCUUGGGGUCGGUCUCGACGCGAAACGAGGUGGGCGUGCGUCACCUUUACCCCAAGCGGUACAAGGCGCCCAAGCCCAGAUCCUUGGGCCAGUCGGCGAGGCCGGUAUCAAGAGCGAACUUGGUCGGGUCUUCUCCGGUAUUGGCAGCGGCGUGGGCGGAGUGACCGCCACCACAGGCAGUGGCCCUUCCACCCCAAUGGUUGCCAGUCCUUUCAAACGCGACAGCGUCACUGCCAAGUCAGCCAACAGUGAAACAACUACGGAUGAGACUAAGAUCGGUCGACCCACGUCGGCGAACGGCAAAAGACCAAAGCGAUCCCGGGACGAAGAUGGGCGAGCGGAGACUGAGGCUGGUACAGAUGCGCGGCUUGCUGCCUCGACGCGUGGCAGUCGUAGGGGUCGUCACGUUCACCAUCACCAUCAUCAUCACCACCAUCAUCGCCAUAAGCCCGAAGAAGAAACAAGCGCGCUGGGCGCCCAUCGUGGCGUCUCUUCACUAAAUUAUUUCCACCGGACUUCAACGCAGGCCGAUGCAGUGGCGACGGCUAUGGGUCAUCAUCAUCAUCACCAUCACCAUCACCACCAUCAUACGCCUCGUCCUGCUGCGGCCAACCCACCGGCAGUGACGCCGAUGCGUGAACCCAAAACCGUGGUCAAUAUUGAACCCGUUCUGUCGAGUGUGGCUCAUCUCCCGCGACAUCAUCUCGGGUCAACCUUAUACGCUCCUCGUCUGGGGGUCCCUACAGAGAAGGCCACCUUGGAGAGUGCCAAGUUUGGCUACACGACCACCCCGCUUCCCCUCCCUCGCUUUGAGGGCAAGGAAAACUGCACAUUUACCAUCCGAGUCCCUCGUUUCCGCAUUGACUCUAGCCAUCGCGAAGAGAUUUGCGCUCGGCGUGCGCUCUGGGGGACCGGCAUCUACACCGACGACUCAGAUCCUGUUGCGGCGGCCAUUCAUUCGGGAUUCAUACGCGGAGCGUGGGGUGAGGAUGUCGAUGCUGACAUGCUUGAUUUGGAAAUCAAAGAUGCCUAUCAACAUGCGCCUAAGACGGCCCAAGAUGCCGGGCUGCCGGACGGCGAUCGACCUCUCGUUCCACCAGUUCCCCCGUUGGACAAGGACCUACAUAUCAUACUUGUCAUCCUGCCCCGGUUGGAACGGUAUGAUUCGAGCGUGCUGUUUGGCCUCAAGUCACGUCCCUGGGACGGAACGCAUGACGGUAUGAGCUUUAAAGUGCUACGGACUGAGUGGGUCGACGAAGGCGUUGGUCGAGGCGAGGAGCGUAGUGGAGAAGCACGACGAAAACGGCUCCGCAACAUGAUGCAGACCGGUCGGAUCUGCACAGGUCCUGGCGUGUUAAAAUUGGAGCACCUCCGUAAUGGGAUUCAAAUCACACGACAGAAGACGAAAGCCAUGGAGAGUCAAGAACCUCAGCCGGCUGCACCGGUCCAGACGGUUUCAUGA